AUGUGUGGUAUCUUUGCUGUCUACAACUAUCAGGGCGAUAUCGAGUCCUAUCGUCAACGUGCCUUGUAUCUCUCCAAAAAGAUCAGACAUCGUGGUCCCGAUUGGUCCGGUUGCUACACCACUGGUAACCACAUUUUCAGCCAUGAGCGUCUUGCUAUUGUUGGUGUUGAAUCCGGUGCCCAGCCUAUUGUCAGCGAAGAUGGCAACAUUGUUCUUUGCGUCAACGGUGAAAUCUACAACUACAAGCACCUUCAAAACGGUCUCAAGAACAAGUACAACUUCAAGACUGGCUCUGACUGUGAAGUGAUUAUGCACUUGUACAACGAAAUGGACACUGAGCUUGUUCAACAUUUGGAUGGUAUGUUCUCAUUCGUUUUGCUUGAUGUCAAGCGCAACCGAGUGAUUGCUGCCCGUGACCCUAUUGGCAUUACCACAUUGUACUAUGGCUGGAACAGCAAGAUGCCUGGCACCGUUUACUUUGCUUCCGAACUCAAGUCUCUUAACGAGGAUUGUGACAAGAUCCUUGCUUUCCCUCCUGGUCAUGUUUAUGAUUCUGAGACUGGUGAAACCAAGCGUUGGUUUGUGCCUUCAUGGUGGGAUGGUGAGCGUGUCCCUGAAACUCCCGUUGAUUACAAGUUGGUUCGCAAGACCCUUGAGCGUGCUGUUCGCAAGAGAUUGAUGGCUGAGGUUCCCUAUGGUGUCUUGUUGUCCGGUGGUCUUGAUUCAAGCUUGAUUGCUUCCAUCGCUGCUCGUGAAACGGAUAAGAUUGCUGCUGGUGUCAAGAGCGAAGAUGAUGACCGUAUUGAUGAGACAGGCCCCACCCUUUGGCCCCGCUUGCACUCUUUCUCUAUUGGUCUUCCGGGUUCUCCCGAUUUGAUCGCCGCUCGUGAUGUUGCCAAACAUCUCAACACCAUUCACCACGAAUUCACUUUCACCAUCCAAGAAGCUCUUGAUGCCGUCAGCGAUGUCAUUUACCAUCUUGAAACUUACGACGUUACUACCAUUCGUGCCUCCACUCCCAUGUACCUUCUUUCUCGCAAGAUUAAGGCUAUGGGUGUGAAGAUGGUUCUUAGUGGUGAAGGUGCUGAUGAAGUCUUUGGUGGCUACUUGUACUUCUACUCUGCUCCUGAUGCUGCCUCUUUCCAUACCGAAACUGUCACCCGUGUCAAGAACCUCCACUAUGCUGAUUGCUUGCGUGCCAACAAGUCUACCAUGGCAUGGGGUUUGGAAGCUCGUGUGCCAUUCCUUGACAAGGAAUUCUUGGAAGUGUGCAUGAACAUUCGUCCCGAAGAUAAGCGUCCUAGCCGUGAGGAAGGUCGUAUGGAAAAGUACAUUUUGCGUAAGGCAUUUGACACAUCGGAUGAGCCUGAUGUCAAGCCCUACUUGCCUGACAACAUCUUGUGGCGUCAAAAGGAGCAAUUCUCAGAUGGCGUUGGUUACAGUUGGAUUGAUACCCUCAAGGAGGUCAGCUUGACUAAGGUUUCGGAUGAGGAAUUUGCCAAGGCUGGCGAGAGAUGGACAAAGGAUACUCCUACUACCAAGGAAGCUUACAUGUAUCGUGUCAUGUUUGAGGAAUGGUUCCCACAAGAAGCUUGCACUGCUAGCGUUGUCCGAUGGAUUCCACGAGCAGACUGGGGUUGCCCUGAAGAUCCUUCCGGUCGUGCUCAAAAGGCUCACGACGCUGCCUACGAAAAAAAGAAUUAG